AUGCUCAACAUCACCUUCCCAGGCAACACUACCAAGGUGCCUCUCUCCCCUCCACCCUCCUUCUCGUCCUUUUCUCGGCACUCCCUCCUUUUGUUUGCUGGUCUUGAGAGAGUCUUGAGAAUUUGCCCUCCGCUGCUCACCCUCCUUAUCCUGAAUGCUCAUCUCUUCCCACCUCGCUUCAAGCUUCCCAUUCCCACCCCCUUUCCACCCAUAUGCCCCUCACCCUCCUUUUCCUGUCCUCUCUUCCUCCGUUCUUCUUUCCUGCCCUUCACACCUCCACCCAUCUCCCUCUCUCACCCAUCGCACUCCCAUUCACCCUCUUCCGUCCACCCUCCUCCCGUCCCCCCAUCACCCGCUCUCUCCACCCAACAGCCCCCUUCAGGCGCCUUCCCGCGCCGCAAGCUGCUGCUAGCCGUGCCAUACAAGAAAGGCUUUCAGCAAUUCGUCAACAUCACCCGCACCAUCACCACACCCUCCUCUUCCGCCUCCGCCUCACCCGCAAACGACACCUCCUCAAAUGAGUCCUCAUCAUACUCCUUCUCGGGGUUCACCAUUGAGUUGUUCCGACUGGCAGUCAGCCAGUUGCCGUACGACGCAAACUAUGAGCUCGUGCCGUUUGUGGGGGACGAUGGUGAUGGUGCUGACGCUCCGGUGGGAUACGAUGACAUGCUUCAAGCAGUUGCAGACGAGAAGUUUGACGGGGCGAUUGGCGACAUCUCAGUGACCCAGGCGCGGAGCAUGCUGGUGGAUUUCACACAACCCUACAUGGCGUCAGCGGUUAGUGUGAUCGCGUACGUGCCGCCCUCCAGCAGCUGGUGGAUGGCACUCGCGCCCUUCACGCCCUCCAUGUGGGCAGCAUUUCUCGGCUUGACUAUCGCCACGGGGCUCAUCACGGUGUUUCUCGAGUGCCGCCAGAAUCCCGAGUUCCAGGGGAAGCUGCAUGAGCUGCUGCAGCACGCUCUCUGGUUUGGCUACCUCUCUGCCUUCUCCUUUCUCGAGAAGCCGGUGCGGACGGUGAUCGCGCGGAUAGUGCUGGCGCUCUGGCUGCUGGUGACCCUCGUUGUAGUCACAUCCUACACAGCCAACAUGACGUCUAUAAUCACGGUCAACAUGCUCACAGUACCCUCGCUGGACGUGAACAGUGUCAUCAACGCCAACAACCCCAUCGCCUACCAGGCGGGGUCGUUCAUAGAGGGUUACCUCUUGCAGCUGGGCGUGCAGAAGCACAACAUGGUGCCUCUCAACAGUGCAGAGGAGUACAGCAGUGCGCUGGUGGCAGGGAGGGCGAAGGUGGUGGUGGAUGAGGAUCCUUAUUUGGACCUGCUGAGGGCCAACCAUUGCAGCAUGGCUCAAGUCAAGCAGCCCUUCUCCUUCCUCAGCAUGGCAUUCGCGUUCCAGAAGGGAUCGCAGCUGCGCAGAGACAUCUCAGCAGCGAUUCUCCACCUGACCAUGACAGGCGAGCUGGACGCACUUGAAGAGCAGUACCUCCUGGGAGGGUCCCGGCAGUGCCCCGACACGCUCAUGCCGGAGGCACCGGCAGUGCUGGCGAAUGAGAACUUCUGGGGGCUGUUUGUGGGGUAUGCCGUGGUAUCUCUGGCGUGCUGCCUGCUGUAUGUGGGCCUGCUGGUGUUCCGCGGUGCCAUGGUUGCGAGGGAGCUGUCACAGCAGCAAGUCAAGUCUUACAACACUCACAUGGCUGACUUCAUUCCUACUGAAGCUAGCAUAGAGAUUCCUCGUCAACACACUCUCUCGCUCUCACUCUCACUCUCCCCGCUGUGUGUGUGGCUUCUUGCAGGGAGCUGUCACGGCAGCAAGCCAAGUCAUACGACGCCGACAUGGCUGAAUUCGUUCCCACAGAAGCAGGCAUAG